UAGUGCAAAUGUUUACAAUUGGAGUCAGCUGACUUUCUUCCACCUGACUGUGGCAGACCCUCACAGCUUGCAGUAGGUUACUGCAGCUAUAUAUGAUGCAUCAGCGGGUUCAAUUAAUUAAAUAGAGUCUGCGCUGAGUGGCGUCCUUCUUCUUUGCCUGCAAUCCUUUAGUUAGCGCCACAUCCGGUCUAGCAGCUGCUCUUUAGCACUUUGUUGAGCUAGCAAGCUGCUCUAAAGAGACAAAUAACAGCGUUUUACUUCUAAAGUAAAAUUCAGGAGACCUUCUAGAGAUGGAGAAGAUCGCUAAAGAUGUUGGUGAUAUUCAGUCCAGACUGUUGGACCACAGACCUGUGAUCAGUGCAGAAGUUCGCUACUUUGUCAGGGAGUUUGAGGAGAAACGAGGCUUGAGGGAGAGUCGGCUGCUGGAGAACCUGAAUAAAAUGGUGCAGGAGGCAAACGAGCAAAUGCUGCCUACUAGUUUAGAAGAAAUGAGCCAGAAACUGUCUGACAUCAGUAAGCGCUUGGAGGCUGCUAAUCACAUGGCAGAGAGAGUCCAGCAGAGGGAGCUAGAAGCACAACAGAACACCCAGCUGCAGGCGAACAUGGAGAAAUUAAAAGAGGACUGGGCGGAGUUUCUGAAGGAGCAGCAGAGAUUAAAGGAGGAGGUGGAUGAGGAGCACACUAAGGCUGUUGGAGAACUCAGCACCCGCUUUAGUGAAAAGAAGAAGGACUUGGCACAAUUUUCUCUCUGAUCGCUUUUCUGUCAUAUGAACACUUUGUUAAACAUGUGACAUUUGUUCAGCAAACGUAUCGUACUUAGUGCUGCCAGAGUCAGGAUUAAUUAACAGAAGAUCACAUUUCAACUGGGACAUAUAGAUCAAAUUUCUGCAACGUGUGAAACUCGCUUAACUCAAUAAGUUAAGUUCAGGUUGAAUGGAAACCAUUGAGACCCAAAGCACCACAUUCAGAAUACUGUUAGAUAAUUACAUGGUUAUUGUAGAACUAAACUCAUUGUAGAUAUUGUCCUGUUCUGCUGAGUAUUGACAUAUGCAUGUAUUUUUACCAGUAGCAGCAUGACACAUUUCAUCCGAUUAUGAUCCUGUUUCAAUUAUGUGUUAAAUUUGAAUAACAAUGAAUAAAAUCAGAAAAAGA